AGCGAAACCCUAAUACCUCCUCGGUCCUUCUCUUGCUUCUUCGACGCGUGUGGCAGCCAGUGGAAGGUCGGUGUUGGAGAUUCGAUCAUUUCCUCGCGCACUAUUCGAAGCAAUGGCGACAGCGUACGCAGCAGCGAAGCCAACUAAGAUAGGGCUGGAGGAGCCCCGUGAGGAGCUGAACCGGAUCCGGAUCACCCUCUCCUCCAAGAACGUCAAGAAUCUGGAGAAAGUGUGUGCGGAUCUGGUAAAGGGCGCCAAGGACAAGGCGCUGACUGUUAAGGGGCCCGUGAGGAUGCCCACCAAGGUACUUAACAUUACCACCCGGAAAUCUCCGUGCGGUGAAGGAACCAAUACAUGGGAUCGGUUUGAGCUCCGGGUACACAAGAGGGUAAUUGAUCUUUGCAGCUCUCCUGAAGUAGUGAAGCAGAUCACCUCCAUUACAAUUGAGCCUGGUGUUGAGGUUGAAGUCACAAUCGCAGAAUCAUAAGCCUAGUCUGUUAAAUCCAAUUUCAAGGCCAUCUGGCUUCUCUUAUUUACUAUAAAUUGGCACGUACAUGAAUACCAUCUAUCGGCUCGAUUAUUAUGCCACAAUUUGUAGUUCAGAAGCUUCUCUUCUUUCUUAAGGAGCUGUUUGAUCUCUCAAACUUGAA